CUCAACCGAGGAACGCACCACCAUUUAUAUGGAGUUUUUUGUUUGCAUACAAUGCAUAUCGAACAACUAUAACUAUAUGCAUGCAGGCUGUACAUAGUUGCACAUCGGCUGACUGUACCUUUUGAACGCUCCUUAUGUUGCUGGUGUACGUGGAUGCAUAUUCAUGUUGAACGUGUAAAAUUAUACUCAGAUAUGUCGCGAAGGAAUCCUAUACUAAACCUUACAACUCGUGGAAAUUGCAGCUGGUAAAAAAAAAGAUUCCCACGCCGAUGUAGUGCAUGCCAAUCAACACCUAUUGAACCCUGGUAUAUACUUCCUACUGGAACCAAAUCAUGGAGCGAGUCACUUGGCAUGCUUGGAGUCACAUCGUAUUACGCUAUGUCAUACUCAUCACCAUGAGCACAUUUGUCACUAGCAGCUCCAUUCGCCUGUAUGGAGGAUCUUCCGAAAAAGAGGGCGUGGUCCAUGUCAAGGUGGCAGAUGUCAAGGUGGCAGAUAUGUGGAAAGGCAUUUGCAACGAUGAAUGGGAUGCUCUCGAUGCCCUGGUCACGUGUAGGCAGCUGGGAUUCACGGAAGGAUACGCCAUGCUAUUCAACGAUGAUUACGUUCAACCCCCUCCUAAAACUACAGAUGCCCCUUCGGUUGAUCAUACUAGGGACAAUAACUUGGAUGCUGUGGAUUUUAUUGAUGAUUAUGGAGGAAGGGGGUCUUCGAGGGCGUCAACCGAGUUUUUCAUGAUCAUGGGGAAUGAAUUUGCUUGCAACGGAAGUGAGGAAUCUCUCUUGUCCUGCCAAUACAAGCCAUACAACGGGUACUGUAGAAAACAGGCCGGAGUGGUUUGUGACAUCACUCCUCAACAAUUUUACCAACUCCUCGCGAACGUCCAGGGCGAUUACGAACCUCUUUCUUACACCAUCGUCCCGAAUGGCCAUUCGGAAGGCCGAGUGAUGGCCGUUCAGAAACGAGACUAUACACGUGUGAUUGUCACCGGCGGUGUUUGUGAUCUUGGUGAAAAGGUCGCUCCCAUAUUGUGCGACGCCUCACGGGGAUACACCAAUGGCGGAAGGGCAACACAGCCACCUAGCUUCGAAAACCUACCAAUGCUUGUCAAUAGGCUAUCGUGCAAUAGUGCUUACUGGAUAGGGGACUGUGACGCUGAGCUCUCCGUUGAUGGCGCGUGUCCUGCUGGGGUCCAUGGAAAGGGCGUCGAGUGCUACACAACACUGAGGCCGUCCGUCAUGGGAGCACUGGUCUUUGCUGGCGUCGCCACCAUAAUCAUCCUCAUCGUCGGUAUAUGUUCUAUUCAUUGGAUCAGGAAAGAUAGGAAGUCGGGUUUUAACCAUUCUAUUCUCAGAGUGAGAGAUGAUGGCGGACCUGUGUCGAGCUAACCAUGGCAUCACACGUGACCACCUUUACUUGUCUUGUCACGAAGUUCGUCUCAAAACUUAAGGCCUGAUUCCACUGGCCGACGGACACAAGACGUAUUCAUAACCAUGAUAACGGACAGUGGCGUAGCUACGAGGGGGCCUGGGGGGC